UCCCCUGACGGGGAGGACCAGCCUCCCAGUGGACACACCCUCGGGUCUCCGUCCUGAGGGCACCGUGGUCUCCUCCAUCUGCACCGCCUGGACCACAGGGACGAGACGCCAUGACCCUCAGCCUCACGGCCCUGCUCUGCCUCGGGCUGAGUGUGGGCCUGAGGACCCAGGUGCAGGCAGGCACCCUCCCCAAACCCACCAUCUGGGCUGAGCCAGGCUCUGUGAUCCCCUGGGGGAGCCCCGUGACCAUCUGGUGUCAGGGGACCCAGGGGGCCCAGAUGUUCCGUUUGGAUAAAGAGGGAAGCUCACCUCCCUGGGACAGACGGCCCUCACUGGCGCCCGGGAACAAGGGCAAUUUCUCCAUCUCAUACAUGACACAGGACUAUGCAGGGAUAUAUCACUGUUACUAUCGCAGCCCCACUGGCUGGUCAGAGAGCAGUGGCCCCCUGGAGCUGGUGGUGACAGGGGCCCACAGCAAACCCACCCUCUCAGCCCUGCCGAGCCCUGUGGUGACCUCGGGAGGGAACGUGACCCUCCAGUGUGGCUCAUGGGAGGGACUGGACGGGUUCAUUCUGACUAAGGAAGGAGAACCCAAGUCCUCCUGGACCCUGGAUGCACAGCGAGGCCCCCAUGGGCAGACCCAGGCCCUGCUCCCCGUGGGUCGCGUGACCCCCAGCCACAGGUGGAUGUUCAGAUGCCACGGCUUUUACAGGGACACCCCCCAGGUGUGGUCGGCCCCCAGUGACCCCUUGGAGCUCCUGUUCCCAGGUGUAUCUGGGAAGCCCUCCCUCCUGACCCCGCAGGGCCCUGUCGUGGCCUCUGGACAGAGCCUGACCCUCCAGUGUCGCUCUGACGUCGCCUAUGACAGAUUCGCUCUGUCCCAGGAGGGGAGACAGGCCCUCCCCCAGCGCCCUGGCUGGCAGCCCCAGGCUGGGCUCUCUCAGGCCGGCUUCCCCCUGGGCCCGGUGACCCACGCGGGCCGGUACAGAUGCUACGGUGGACACAACCUCUCCUCCGAGUGGUCGGCCCCCAGUGACCCCCUGGACAUCCUGGUGGCAGGGUCGUUCCCUGACACGCCCUCCCUCUCGGUGCAGCCGGGCCCCGUGGUGGCCUCAGGAGAGAACGUGACCCUGCUGUGUCAGUCAGGGAGCAGAAAGGAAACUUUCCUUCUGUCCAAGGAGGGGGCAGCCCGGCCCCCACUGCGUCUUAGAUCAAAGUACCGAGGUGGGCAUUUCCAGGCCGAAUUCUCCAUGAGUCCCGUGACCUCAGCCCACAAUGGGACCUACAAGUGCUACAGCUCACUCAGCAGUAACCCCUACCUGCUCUCACACACCAGUGCCCCCCUGGAGCUCGCGGUCUCAGCAGCUGACACCAUCCACCCGCCAAAAAACAAGUCAGAUCCCACGAGUGGCUCUGACCGUGUGAUCUCUCGUCCAGAAUCCCUACCCUCACACCGCCAAGACUACACAGUGGAGAACCUCAUCCGGAUGGGCAUGGCCGGCUCCGUCCUGCUGGGCCUCGGGAUUCUGCUCUUUCAGGCUCAACACGGCCACGGAGGAGCCCAAGAAGCAGCCAGGAGCUGAACACGAGAGGGGACCGUGCACCGUCCGAGUGGUGGAGCCCUGUCACGACCUUAUGUGCCAGGAGGUUCUGGAAGAGAAUCUGCAGCACGUGUUGUGUGAACUGUCUGACCAGGGAG